GCGAAGCCGCUGCCGGGCGGUGAAUUCCGGCGGCGCCGUGCGAGGCCGGAGGCGGCUGCCCCCAUCGCCGGGGCGGGCCCGGCCGCAGGCAGGUGUGUGAGCGGCCGGCCCUGCCCGCAGCAGCCGAGCCAUGCUGGGAGCGCUGUAGCCGAGCCGGAGAUGGAUGGGGUCAGCAGCAACAGGAACAUGUCUUACAGUAGAUGGAGUUACAACAGUGUUCUGGAUGAUGAGGGGAGCAGCCUGCGUCAGCAGAAGCUUGACAGACAGAGAGCACUGCUGGAACAGAAGCAGAAAAAGAAGCGCCAGGAGCCACUGAUGGUUCAGUCCAACGUGGACAGCCGGGCAAGGACGCGCAGGACGAAGCAUUCGGAGGAGCAGGCCCCGCUGGUUGAAUCCUAUCUCAACAGCAACAGCAGCACCAUAUAUCAUGUGCAGGAGGCUGAACAGGAAGAUGUAAAGGUGGUAGUGGACGCCCAAGCUCCGAAACCAACUAAAAAAACCAAGGCAGCAGCUGCGAGCUGUCAGAGUAGCAGCACCAGAAAGGAGAAAAAAGGGAAACACAAAGGGAUUGAUGGCCCAGCUGCUUUUCAAGAUGAUGUUCAGAAGAUAGGAAGUCAAGUGCAGAUUCUCACUGUUGGGCAGUCUAGCCAUGAUGAAGAUGAUGGUGAGAAAGUGGCUACUGGCCAACAGCAGCAAAGCAAGCAAGAUCUUAGAGCAGCAAUGCAGAAGAAAGGCAUUUCAAGUAGCAUGAAUUUUGAUGAGGAAGAAGAUGAGGAGGAUGAAGACAGCUCCAGUUCUUCACAGUUAAACAGUAACACCCGGCCUGGUUCUGCCACGAGCAAGAAAUCCAAUAAGGAAGCGGCCUCAGCCCCCAGCCCUUCCACAAAUGAGCCUCUCAUAGAUGUGGAUGACCUGGAGGAGUUUGCUGUCAGACCUGCCCCACAGGGGGUCACCGUCAAGUGCAGGAUCACAAGAGACAAGAAGGGAAUGGACCGAGGGAUGUACCCUACUUAUUACCUCCACUUGGAAAGGGAGCAUGGUAAAAAGGUGUUUCUGUUGGCUGGAAGGAAACGAAAGAAGAGUAAAACCUCUAAUUACCUCAUCUCUAUAGACCCAACUGACCUGUCUCGGGGUGGAGAGAGUUUUAUUGGAAAACUGAGAUCAAAUCUUAUGGGAACUAAGUUUACAGUUUAUGACAAUGGAGUAAAUCCAAUGAAAACAACAUCCAGCCUGGAGGCGAGUACCCUGCGUCAGGAGCUAGCUGCUAUUUGUUAUGAAACAAAUGUCCUGGGGUUUAAAGGACCUCGUAAAAUGAGCGUGAUCAUACCAGGAAUGAAUAUGGAUCAUGAAAGAGUUUCCAUCAGGCCACGAAAUGAACAUGAGACGCUUCUUGCAAGGUGGCAGAACAAAAACACAGAGAGUGUCAUUGAGCUGCACAACAAAACCCCAGUCUGGAAUGAUGACACCCAGUCCUAUGUUCUGAAUUUCCAUGGUCGAGUCACCCAGGCCUCGGUGAAGAACUUCCAAAUUAUCCAUGAUAAUGAUCCUGACUACAUCGUGAUGCAGUUUGGCCGCGUGGCUGAGGACGUGUUCACCAUGGACUACAACUACCCAAUGUGUGCACUACAAGCCUUUUCCAUUGCCCUUUCCAGUUUUGACAGCAAGCUGGCUUGUGAGUAAAGGGGCGUGGGUGAGCAUCCUCUCGAAGGAAGCAGUUUGCCAUAUGAUUCCCAAUUCCUGCUGGUGUCGCUUAUGGUCCAUACUAAAAAGGUCAGGGAAAAAUACAGUUGUGGAGGACCACUCUGUUGCUGAAGAGAAAGUAAAAGGAAUCAUCUGAAAAUUCAGGACAUUCAGGAAAUUAUAUUUUCCUUUUUUUUUUUUUCUGUCAUAUUUUUCUGGAAGUGACAUCAAGGUUUUGUAAAUAGGAGUUGUCUCUCACGUCCCUGGUUAUGUUAUGGAUGUGUGCCAUGAUGUACUGUACCGUGGCUCCAGUAGCACCAUGACAGUGGUGUCUUUUUUAAAAAUCCAGAAAGGGAGUGAGCGCUCCAAAAAUUUCUUUUUACAUUUAAGAAUCAUUCCGAGGCUGCAAUCGUACCUCAAGGUUGCAUUCCUGCAUCAACUAAUCAGAGCUUCACAUCAUCCAGCAUAAGAGAAAGAUGAGGAAAAAAAAGAUGCACUUCUUUUUUUUUUUCUUUUUUUUUUUUUGAUUGUGCAAGGAUCUCAUGUAGUAUAAAGCUGAGUCUGAAGGUUGAAAACCUCUACUGGACUGAACUUGAUGCAUCGCUAUUUUACAUGUAGUAGGGCAUGAUGAAUUUUAAUUGCAGUAGGAGGAAAUGGAGAAGUGGAAAGCACAAAAUAAUGUUGCACAAGUCACUUGAAUUCUAAGCUGUCAUUAUGUUUUAACAUCUACAUGCUUUUUAAUUUGUUUCAAAUGGAAAUGUAUUUGCAGUACGGAAAGAAAAAAGGAAAACAUCUCGAUGCCAAGAAAGCAUAACUUAUGUUGAAUUUGGCAUUUCAUGGGCCGGGAAUUUAUAUCCUUGUAUUGCUGUGGUAAUUCAAACACAUAUUUUGUAUGAAGUGAUAUAAACAAUUGGAUAAAGGCACUCUGCAGAGAGUCUUAUUAUUUUGAACAGGCUGUGUAAAGCUGAGGAAGGUAAAUGGAAAUAUUUUAUUAAAUUUGUCUGGCCUUUUGAGCUUUUCCAAUUUGUUGAUCGCAUUUUUUGAACUUUGAGCAACAACCACUUUUCAUAUUUAUUUCCCAUUGUAAGAAUGCUUGAAAUCGAUUGAAACUGUGUAUGUUGUUCUCUGAUGUAAAUGUGCCAGCUACUGAGCUAAAUCCUUCUAGGCAAAUCUAGUGUAUGCUGCAUACAAAUGAGACACUGGCAGGACACAGAAUAGCUUAAAAUAGUGCAGAUUUUGCAUCUCCAUUUUUCUGAUCUAUCUGGAAUAUAUAAACAAAUACCAUUUCAAAACAAAACACAAGCGAAGAACAAGCCAUGGUUAUCUUCUCUCCUGAACAUUUCAAAAGCCAGGAGCUGCAACUCGAAAGCACAUUGUAAAAAUAAUGGUCACAAAUCUUUAGAAAUAAUGGUCUUGCUGCCAUUUUCUGUGCAAUGUUGUCCAGAAUGGCACACAGAGUAAUAGAAUUUAAAUGUUCACCAGAAGGGUGUGGAAAUGUGAGUGAAGUAGUAGCUGUGUUUUAUACUGCAUGUAUCCAGGCCCUCCUUUUUAUUCCUUCUAAACUCUUGCACUGCACAACCAGAGAUUAUGUAAUGUAAAAAUGAGAUCAAAUCUGAUUGUCUCGUAGUUGACAGGCCCUUUUUGACUGUAGGGGACAGGCCAUAAAGCUCUCCUUAAGGUCGUGCCAUUUGGACUGUAUCAUUUCAACUUACAAAAGAAAUAUGCUCUCUUCACCUUUGCCUUCAGCUCUCCUUCCCAGUAUACAAAGGAAUUUCAGAUAAGAGAUGAAAAUAAAUAAUUACCAGCAUUUUUUCUAAUCUUUUAAACAAUCUAUGGGAAGAAAUUCUGCUGGCUUUAAACAGUGUUUUGUUGAUGGACUCAGCAUGUCAAAUAUUCUCUUUAAUUAACAGGAAGCUCUGUCUUUUUUUUUCCCUCAUUUUUUUUUUGCAAGGAGCCUUUCCAUGCAAUGGUAUAAAAUGGAAAGACAUCUUUUGUUUGAGAGGAAGGAGCAUCAGUUCCCUCCAUGAAUGAUUGAAGUGCUGAGUCAUGAGCUGCAGGACGAUACUUUGGCUUUGCACAUGGGUGCUUUGUUUUUCUCUGUAGCUGGGGGUUCCCCACAGUUUCACAUCCCCAUCUGUCAUCUCACUUUGGAUUUUACAGAGAAGGCCCUUAGGCCUUUGCUUACCUCAUCUCAGCCUUUAAAAACUAGCUCCAGUGAGCACCAGAAUUUUUUGUUUGGACUACUGCAAAACCAGUCAGGAAUUCCCAGUGCUGUCAUUCAGGUGCGAUGUGGAUUUGAAGAGCUCUGCAGCAUGGGAAUGGCUGAAUCUGCAUGGCUUGAAUUCUGUGCCUUGCCAGUCACACGCUUACUUUAGAGACUGAGAAAGUGGCACCUGACACAGUUUUCUGCCUCUGUCCCUGCACAAGACUGUGUCAAAGGAGCUGAGUGUCUCGCGGUGCAAAUACACAAUCUGCUGGCUUUAGUGGUGGAGCUGCUUUAGGAAGGGUUAUUUUUAAUCCAGAUCGUAACAAUGGUCUGACUCACAUCAUGACCCCCCAGGGAAUUGGCACGAAGGGGAACUCAUGUGCAGUGAACUCCUGCACAAGGGUGAGAAUGAGGGGCUGGGGAAAGGCUGCAAGUUCAGCUUCUUGGGACAGUUCUGCUGCCAGCACAUUGUGUAACUUCACUCUCACUGCAUGUUCUUCCCAGCCAGGUAUUUUUUUUUAACCUGUAACUGUGCCAGGAGGAAAGUGGUGACUCAAAUUCCCAUCAUCUUAACAAAUCGUACAGGGCCAUCAGCCAACGAGCUGCUGAGGGAAAAACUCCCCACAAUAAAUGGAGGUCACUAGAGGGGGAUGUUAACCUGGGACUAGGAAUGAGGAACUCUCAUUACAUCUGGUUCAGUUAGAACAGGAUUUGCUCCUAAUGCCCUUUGCCAAAACCCUAAUUCCUCACUAUUGUUGAACAUGCUGCUGGGUUUGAUUCACUUGGCCUUCACCAUCUGCUCUGGGAGCAGUUUCAGUGAUUAAUUUUGAAUCUAUAGAAUUUCUGAUGGAUAAUUUUUGCUGGAUAUUUUCUGGUAAAGGUCACAUGCAAGGUGAUUCCACAAGCUUUCCAGCACAUCUCUAAAUUUUGUCCUCCUAACUUGGAAAAGUCAAACCAAGUUCUGUCAUACCUGAAAUUACUUUUUCCUCAUGAAGUCACAUCUUCUUCCCCAUCAGUAAUAAAAUCUUGGUACUAGUGAGUAUUUUCAGAGACACGUGCACACUGAAGUAACCAAGGAGUAAUUAGUGGUACACUCCUGGUAGUAACUUCUGCUGGGCCUGCCUUCAGUGUGCAGCAGGGCAUAACCUUGUUUAUUCAGUGUGACAAAGAACAGAAUGGCCCCGAGCUGUGUAUUUCCUUCACACAGUCUCGGUGAAUGUCUGGAUACGGUAGAUUUAAUGUUAUUUAAAAUCCCAAUAUUGAUGAUUUUUUGCAUCUGCUGUUGAUUUUGGCAGAGUUGUAAACAAAUUCCUUGCCUGAAUUGCUUAUGGGCAAAUGCUGCAUGCUUUAAUGAGAGUUCUUAAUCUAACUUGUCACUCUGUUUACAUCAAACAGUUUCUUCCUGGCCCUUUAUCUAAUUUUCUUCAUCUCUGAUGUUCUGUUCCUUCUCAUUCUCUUUACAAUUCCUUUAUCUGCUCUUCAAGGAUGUGCAGCUCAAAAGUGUUUGACAAUAUUGCUCAGUGAUCUCUCCAGAGAUGAAUAAUGCCUUUGGUGCACAUUCAGUGAUGCUCCUACAAUAGAAGCCUUAUCAGAGGGGUGAAUUUGGCCCUUUGGCUUUUCAGUAGAGUAAAUUAACACAUUAAAAGGUAGCAGAUAAAAAAGCUUGCCUAAAAUAUAAUCAAAAUUUUUCUCAGUAAACAUUCAGUUUCCAAAGCAUUGGUUGCAAAUCAAUGAGCAGAGCUGUCCACAAGCCUGGAGGCAGGCUGUUAGAUUCCCUUUGUAGUGCUGCCUUAUUUUUCCUUUUAUUUUUUUAUUCAAAAGGUUGGGAGUGAUUUUGUGAGCUGAAUUGUGUUGGUGGCCUAAAAUAGUUUAUUUUUUAGAAGCUAGGCACUGCUCUGUUCCUUUUGUAGGAUAAUAUAUGGCACAUAAAUCAGUAAUGUCAUAGGCUCUUGUUAUAAAUUCUGCUGUUAAGAAAUCAGUGAGAAUGGUUUUGUAAUAAUUGCUGGGCAAAUCUCUUGCUAUUCAAGUUGCCUUACAAUAGUGCUGGAGUUCCCAGCUGGCUGUCCUCAUGAGGUCCUAGCACUGAAGCAGUUGGAGUGAAAAGGGCUCUGUAAUAAAAUCUGGUGGCUGCACAAUUGAAAAACAUCAUUGUGGAGUCAAAUAACACCACAGAGUUUUAUCAGUCAUGGGGAACCAGUGUCAUCAAUUCAAACUUUCUGAGGUUUUGCGCCCAUGUGGGGAAGAAAGGAGGGGCUUUAAACAAGCAGAGACACCAGUGAGCUCUCUAAAAGUAUUGGGCAUUAGACCUACUUUUCUGCUAUUAAAAUCCUACCCCUACCUGGGUGAUGCCUUUAAAAAAAUCAGAAAAUCAAUCCAGUCCUUACUAUGGAAAAUCAUUCUCAGUUUUUGUGUCAUACCUUUUUUCAAAUUUUAUUAUUAAAUAAUUUGGGAUUUCACAUAAGGAUAAAACAAGGAUGGGGAAAGAAGAGUUUUUGCCCUGAAGGGGUGAUGAAUCUAGACCAAUAUCAGAUUAUUUUGUCUUUGUUUAUUGUAGUAGGACAAGACAGGGAGUUACCUGGUGUUCUGGGCAGAGAAGGUUUCUCCUAAUGUAUUGCAGGUGUCAGAGGGAAGAUUUUGGGCUUGAUCCUGUGACAUUCUAACUAUUUGCCCCAUACUAUCCCAUUGCUCUCCUAAAACAUCAUUUGUGAGAUUUUUUCCUGCUUUUAUAGAAGCCUGUGCUCACCAAUCAGAUAUCUUUGCUUGGCAAUUAAGGACAGCACAGCAGUCACCUUUAUUAGAAUUAUGGGCUAAUGACUCAGAUUUCUCAAAAGGCCUCAUUUUGAUUACUAGAAUAAAGUAGUUUUUUACAUAUAAAUCUUGCAGUAGAGUUAAUCUAACUGUAGGUGCAGGCUUCUGUUGUAUGUGCUACUUAAUGAAAUCAGGUUCCUGUUGUUCCUCAUGUACAAAAAGUACCUUCCAGGGUUCUGCUCUGUAAGUGUUUGAAAUUAAUUAAUGUAGUUAUUCUUCAGUUCUUUUUGUUGCUCGCCAAGGAACUAAGAAAAGAAUUUGCACAACUAUCUCAAUGCUUUGGUGUUUUGCUAUGAACUAUAGCUCAGUAGCUGAUACUCACAAAUGCCUGUAUAUUGGAUGAAAAUGCAUUAAAACUUAUUUUGUAUGUUGUAUUUUA